AUGGUGAGUUGCCAGUUGAUUUUGGUUUGGGAAUUGAUCUACACUCCUCAUUCCUCCAUCACGAACUUCUUUCAACUCCUGAUGAAAAAGAAGGAACUUAUUCCUUUGGUGCUGUUUAUGACCAUGGCAGGGACCGGAGCAUCAUCUUUUGCUGUUUAUUCCCUUAGAAAAAGUGAUAUGAUCAUUAAUCGAAAAAGAAAUCCAGAACCUUGGGAAGAUGUGGAUCCGACUGUACCUCAAAAGCUCAUAACAAUCAAGCAAGAGUGGAAACCCAUUGAAGAGUUGCAGAUGGUCCGAAAGGCAACCAGAUGA